UCCGGGGAUCGUUCGAAAGGGGCGGAGCCAGCGCCGCAUCAGGACCACAGGCGCCGCCGCUCGCCUGCAUCCCCGGCCGAGUCCUCGCGGAGCAUCCUCGGGGCCGAGAAGCGAAAGGAGCCACCGCAGGCCUCUCCCGGAGGGCAUCAUCAUCAUCCUCGGGCCGCCAUGGCGGAGAUCGCCAGCCUCCACCCCAGUUUUGAUGUCUCCCCCAUCGCGGCCGGCCUCAUCGGCGCCACCGUCCUCGUGGUCUCCGUCUCCGUGACCGUCUUCGUCUGGACCUGCUGCCACCAGCAGGCCGAUAAGAAGCACAAGACGCCGCCGUAUAAGUUCAUACACAUGCUGAAGGGGAUCAGCAUCUACCCGGAGACGCUGAGUAACAAGAAGAAGAUCCUCCGGCUCCGACGAGACAAGGCGGGUCCCGCACGGAAAGAAGGACUGGGCCGCCUUUCGGUGGAUGCCGCCGAAGCCGGGUUAGCGGGCUCGGACAAAUUCCCCGGCGGGUUGAACGCGGCCCCUUGCAUCGACCAGCUUCCGAUCAGAGUUGAUUACGGAGAAGAGCUGAGCCCGGAUCAAAGCUUGACGCCCGCCGGGAGCAAAACGUCCUCGCCGUCUUCCCCGGAGGAAGAGGUCACGUUAGGGACGCUGACGUUUUCGGUGGACUACAACUUCCCCAAGAAAGCCCUCGUGGUCACCAUCCAGGAAGCGCACGGCUUGCCCGUCAUGGACGAGCACAGCCAGGGGUCGGAUCCUUACAUUAAGAUGACCAUCCUGCCCGACAAGAAGCACCGGGUGAAGACGCGCGUCCUCCGGAAGACCCUGGAUCCGGUUUUCGACGAGACCUUUACCUUUUACGGGAUCCCCUACAGCCAGCUCCAAGACCUGGUCCUUCAUUUCCUGGUGCUGAGCUUCGACCGCUUUUCUCGGGACGACGUGAUCGGGGAGGUGAUGGUUCCGCUCGCCGGGGUGGAUCCGAGCACGGGGAAAGUCCACUUGACCCGGGAGAUCGCCAAGAGGAACAUACAGAAAUGCGUCAGCCGAGGGGAGCUACAAGUCUCCUUGUCUUACCAGCCCGUCGCCCAGAGGAUGACCGUGGUGGUGCUGAAAGCCAGACACCUGCCCAAGAUGGACAUCACCGGCCUCUCAGGUAAUCCUUACGUCAAGGUGAAUGUGUACUACGGCAGGAAGCGGAUCGCCAAGAAGAAAACUCACGUCAAGAAGUGCACUUUGAACCCCAUCUUCAACGAGUCGUUCAUUUACGACAUCCCCGCCGAGCUCCUCCCCGACGUCAGCAUCGAGUUCCUGGCCAUCGACUUUGACCGCACCACGAAAAACGAGGUGGUGGGGCGGCUGAUCCUGGGCGCCCACAGCGUCACGGCGGGCGGCGUGGACCACUGGCGGGAGGUGUGCGAGAGCCCCCGGAAGCAGAUCACCAAGUGGCACAGCUUGAGCGAGUAUUAGCAGGGUAAGCCGGGGGGGCCACGAGCAGCCACGUGCAAGCUCGCACCGGUCCACGUGCAAACGAGACUGUUGACCCUUAACCCUUCCCCGACCCUUCCCUUCUGUUUUAGUUGUAGAACUAAAGAGUUUCAGCUGAUCGGUUUUUCUCUAGUGAUGUUAACUUUUGCAGGGCACACAGACACCCACACAACACACACCCAACCCACGUGUUCUAAAAAUGACGAAAAAAAA